UGUGGGCCGCCGCGGGGCUCUGAAGGUUCCUGGUCCCCGCCGGCGUCUGCCUCGCGGGAAUCAAGCUGUUGCACUCCACGCCUCGGAGCGUGUUCGCGACAUGGUGGGCCGGAGGAGGGCGACCCCGGGGCUUCUGCUGGGUGCAUCGGAAGUCAGCGAGAGGUCCAGACAGUUUUCCAGAGGAUCCACUGAGCAUAAGAUGUUGCCACAAAAUCUACCUCCCAUAUUUUUCUCUUUUACUGACGGGCUGAAUAAUUGCAGUUUUGAUCAGGAUACCUGGAGACUGUUGAAAAACUCUGAGGAACCUAAUUAACACAGAAUGACCUAGCAAAGAUUUAAGCCUGCGACAAAAUACUCAUUAGUGAAUGUGCCACUUUUGAUGACAUCAGAUAUUAUUUCUGAAGUAUUCAUUUGACCUUCCAUCAGGACUGACUUUUCAAUUCUGCUCUGGGGGAUAUUAAUGGAAUAUAGUCAUGUCCACUCAAGACGAGAAGCAGAUCAAUUCUGAAUAUGCUGUGUCCUUGCUGGAACAGUUGAAAUUAUUCUAUGAACAACAGUUGUUUACUGACAUAGUGUUAAUUGUUGAGGGCACUGAAUUCCCUUGUCAUAAGAUGGUUCUUGCAACAUGUAGCUCCUAUUUCAGGGCCAUGUUCAUGAGUGGACUAAGUGAAAGCAAACAGACACAUGUACACCUGAGAAAUGUGGAUGCUGCCACCUUACAGAUAAUAAUAACUUAUGCAUACACGGGUAACUUGACAAUAAAUGACAGCACUGUUGAACAGCUUUAUGAAACAGCCUGCUUCCUACAGGUAGAAGAUGUGUUACAACGUUGUCGGGAUUAUUUAAUCAAAAAAAUUAAUGCAGAAAAUUGUGUGCGAUUGUUGAGUUUUGCUGAUCUCUUCAGUUGUGAAGAAUUGAAACAAAGUGCUAAAAGAAUGGUGGAGCAUAAAUUCACUGCUGUGUACCACCAGGAGGCUUUCAUGCACCUUUCACAUGACCUACUGGUAGACAUUCUCAGUAGUGACAAUUUAAAUGUAGAAAAGGAAGAAACUGUUCGAGAAGCUGCUAUGCUCUGGCUAGAAUACAACACAGAAUCACGGUCCCAGUAUUUGUCUUCUGUUCUUAGCCAAAUCAGAAUUGAUGCACUUUCAGAAGUAACACAGAGAGCAUGGUUCCAAGGACUCCCACCCAAUGACAAGUCUGUAGUGGUUCAGGGUCUUUAUAAGUCCAUGCCCAAGUUUUUCAAACCAAGACUUGGGAUGACAAAAGAAGAGAUGAUGAUUUUCAUUGAAGCCUCUUCAGAAAAUCCUUGCAGUCUUUACUCUUCUGUCUGUUACAGCCCGCAGGCAGAAAAAGUUUACAAGCUAUGCAGCCCACCAGCUGACUUGCAUAAGGUUGGGACAGUUGUAACUCCUGAUAAUGACAUCUACAUUGCAGGGGGCCAAGUUCCUCUGAAAAAUACAAAAACUAAUCACAGUAAAACAAGCAAACUCCAGACUGCCUUCAGAACUGUGAAUUGCUUUUACUGGUUUGAUGCACAACAAAAUACCUGGUUUCCAAAGACACCAAUGCUUUUUGUCCGAGUCAAACCAUCUUUGGUUUGCUGUGAAGGCUAUAUCUAUGCAAUUGGAGGAGAUAGUGUAGGUGGAGAACUUAAUCGGAGGACUGUAGAAAGAUAUGACACUGAGAAGGAUGAGUGGACAAUGGUGAGCCCUUUGCCUUGUGCUUGGCAGUGGAGUGCAGCAGUUGUGGUCCAUGACUGCAUUUAUGUGAUGACAUUGAACCUCAUGUAUUGUUACUUUCCAAGGUCUGACUCAUGGGUAGAAAUGGCCAUGAGACAGACGAGCAGAUCUUUUGCUUCAGCUGCAGCUUUUGGUGAUAAAAUUUUCUAUAUUGGAGGGCUGCAUAUUGCUACUAAUUCUGGCCUAAGACUCCCCUCUGGCACUGUAGAUGGGUCUUCAGUAACUGUGGAAAUUUAUGAUGUGAAUAAAAAUGAAUGGAAACUAGCAGCCAACAUCCCUGCUAAGAGGUACUCUGAUCCCUGUGUUAGGGCAGUUGUGAUCUCAAAUUCCCUUUGUGUGUUUAUGCGAGAAACCCACUUAAAUGAACGAGCUAAGUAUGUCACCUACCAGUAUGAUCUGGAACUUGACCGGUGGUCUCUGAGGCAACAUAUAUCUGAACGUGUACUAUGGGACUUAGGGAGAGAUUUUCGAUGCACUGUGGGGAAACUUUAUCCAUCCUGUCUGGAGGAGUCUCCAUGGAAACCACCAACGUACCUUUUUUCACCAGAUGGGACAGAGGAGUUUGAAGUGGAUGGAGAUAUAGUUGCACUACCCCCUGUUUAGAGGUUGAGGAGUGCACACCUGAUUCAUGAUUUUCUUUGCUAAAUGAGACUAAAUAUGAAUACAUAAAAGUCUAUGAUAAAUUUUAUUUUUAUGCCCUACUUAAUAUUUGCUUCAGUGUAAUAUAUAUCAGUGUGUCAUACAGAAAUACGUGCUUCUGUAAUAUGAAAUAGGUUAUUCAAUAAUUGAGAAACUCAUAUGUAUCAUGAGAGCAUAAGUCUGGAUUGUCUAACAUUGUUAGCCCUGUGUAUGUACAGUCCAAAAAGUUGACUUAUAAAAGUAGAUUCUUGUUUCUAGUAUGGUAUAUCAGUUGUGCGAGGUUACUUUAGCGUUUGUAUGUCAUUCUCAUGUUUCUGAAGUCCUGGAAUACAGUUUUUCCAAUGUAAUUGAUUCACCUGCACUUAACACUAAUAUCCAUGUUAGUAUGGAAAUGUUCUAAAUCCUAUGGUUGCGGAAGAUCUUCCAUAAUUUUAUGGUUAUAACAGGGAACGUUAUGACUGCAGGAUCAGUCUAACCGUAUGCCAUUAGGCGCAUGAAUUCUUUUUCUGCUUAGACUUGUCUUCAUAGAGUACAGGUUGUCCAGUCAUUUGGUCAUUUACCAGAUGUGGACUUAAGUUGCUGGACUUGCAGUACAAAUUGCUAGUCCUUCAUUGUGCGGGUCUUUAGUUGUGUGGAGCUUUAAUCAGUAAAUGUCUCCACUUUCUGUAUUACAUUAACAUUAGCUCAUACAUAUAACCACCACCUGCUGCUGAUGUAGUUCUUCAUCUUAAAGAUUUAGAGUGGAUUAACCAGGUCAUUACAUCUUAAUUUAAUAACAAGCAUUACUGUAGAAUGAUUGUGUAUAGACAUUUGUUAAGUGUGUUUUGGGGUUUUUUUUUUUUUUGUAACCUGAUGUGUGUAUGUUGUGGGGCGGGUGGGGGGUUGGAUUAGGAAGGUGAACUGUUCAGGAAUUGUCUGCACUAGUUGUGCAGAAAAGCAGAUAACUAGUGCUGCUGUGGCAUUAAUCCCAGGAACCACUAGCAGUAGUGGGGCGCCGCCAAUCUAACAUGAGAAUAGGUGCUUCAUGAUAAACAUUAUUACUAGCAUGUUCAACUGCAUAAUGUUCUGGCACUGCAUUUUGAAUGACAUUAAUUUAUUAAAUAAAUUGUAUAUAUUCAA